UUUUUAUUCUCCAAUCCAAAAUGGUCAAAAAAUUGCUAGUCACCCGUUUACCCUCUCUCUCUGGAUCCCCAAAAUCAAAUAAAAAAGCUGCAGAGUGAAGAGAAGCAAAGACCCAAUAAAAUAUUUGGGGGGGGGGGGUUUUGUGGGUAGUUGUGAAGAAGAUGUCUGGUGUCAAUGCCAACUCUCUGCUAAGCCCCAAGCCAAGAAUCAGAAUCAACAGCAGGCCAUUUGGGUCUAAAAGAUUGAGUUUCUUUUCUGAUGGGGUUUUGGCUUCCUCUGCUGCUGUGGUGAAUCCUUCAAGAUCGUCUGAAGAAAGAGUCUAUGAAGUUGUGCUGAAGCAAGCGGCUCUUGUGAGGGAACCCAAAAGGGAUAUACAGAGAGCUUUGGAUUGGGAAAAAACCAUCCAAAAUGAUGGUAUCACUGAUGGGAAUCUCUUGUCUGAGGCUUAUGCUCGCUGUGGUGAGGUCUGUGCUGAAUAUGCCAAAACAUUCUACUUGGGGACACAACUCAUGACACCAGAGAGAAGAAGAGCUGUGUGGGCGAUUUACGUGUGGUGCAGAAGGACCGACGAGCUCGUGGAUGGACCUAAUGCUUCACACAUUACCCCUAAAGCUCUUGAGCGAUGGGAAAAACGACUAACUGAUCUAUUCGAGGGUCGACCAUAUGAUAUGUAUGAUGCUGCUCUUUCCGAUACCGUCUCAAAAUACCCUGUUGACAUUCAGCCCUUCAAGGACAUGAUCGAAGGAAUGAGGUUGGAUCUACGUAAAUCGAGAUAUGAGAACUUUGACGAGCUUUACCUAUAUUGCUAUUAUGUUGCGGGGACUGUGGGGCUCAUGAGUGUUCCUGUCAUGGGAUUGGCACCCGAGUCAAAAGCUUCAGUAGAGAGCGUCUACAAUGCAGCAUUGGCUCUCGGACUCGCCAAUCAACUCACAAACAUUCUCAGAGACGUUGGAGAAGAUGCUAGGAGGGGAAGAGUGUAUCUUCCACAAGAUGAAUUGGCGCAAGCAGGGCUAUGCGACGAGGACAUAUUCCGAGGGAAAGUGACAGACAAGUGGCGGUUUUUCAUGAAAGGACAGAUAAAAAGAGCAAGAAGGUUCUUUGAUGAGGCUGAGAAGGGCGUUGCAGAACUAAGUGCAGCCAGUAGAUGGCCAGUGUGGGCAUCCCUAAUGCUUUAUAAGCAAAUAUUGGAUUCCAUUGAAGCAAAUGACUAUGACAACUUCACCAAAAGGGCAUAUGUAGGCAAAGCAAAGAAACUGUUAUCACUUCCCAUAGCCUUUGGGAGAGCUAUGGUGGCCCCUCAAGCUUCAAAGAUUUGGUAACAAGAUAGUUUUUCUUUUUUUCCCCUUUUUAUUUCUUCACCCCCUUUUGUGAUUAUUCAACAUGUCUAGACAAUUUGCUGAUUGUAAAUUUUAGGUGUUAGAUGUGUUUGAAGCAAAUUGACUUCACCAAAGAAAAGCUGGGAAAUAGUAUAAUGGAAUGAAAAAAAAAAAAAAAAAAAAAUUCUUUAAUUUGUAUGUUCAA